AUGAAAAAAACUUGCUCCCACGCCGACUUCGUAGAAAUUCUCACCCCCUCCCCCAGCCGCAUCAAACCACCUUGCCCCCUCUUCACCCAAUGCGGAGGCUGCCAAUACCAACACCUCGCCUACGACGAACAACUCCUCUGGAAAACCCGCCAAGUCGGCGAGCUCCUCCAGCACAUGACUGGACUCGAGCUCAACAUCUCUCCCGCUAUCCCCUCGCCGCAACAAUGGGCUUACCGCUCGAAACUCACCCCCCAUUUUCAAAAACCAAAACCCAACGAAACCCCAAAAAUCGGUUUCCUUCAAUACAGCCGCCGCAACCUCCUCGUUGACGUCCCCCACUGCCCCAUCGCCAUGGAUGAGAUCAACGAGGCCCUGCCAGAAAUCAGAAAAAAAAGUCAUCCAAACGCCUCCCAAUAUAAAAAAGGCGCCACCCUCCUACUCCGCGCCACCAAUGGCAAAGUCGAAACCAACCCCCGCACCCCCAUUUCUGAAAAAGUCGGCGAGCUCACCUUCCACUUCCUCGCCGGCGACUUUUUCCAGAACAACCCCUUCAUCCUAACCGCCUUCACCGAAUACGUCGCCAAGGAAGCCUCCGACGAAGGACAACGCUUCCUGCUCGACGCCUACUGCGGCUCCGGCCUUUUCUCCCUCACCCUCGCCAAACACUUCGAAAAAGUCACCGGCAUCGAACUCUCCGAAACCUCUGCCGACUGGGCGCGCCGCAAUGCCUCCACCAACCAAAUCACCAACGCAAACUUCAUCGCCGCCUCCGCAGAAGAACUCUUCAAAGACAUCACAGAUCCCGCCCCAGCCACCACCGUCAUCAUCGACCCACCUCGAAAAGGCUGCAGCAACGACUUCCUCGAUCAACUUUUCUCCUACCACCCCAGUCGCGUCAUCUACAUCUCCUGCAAUCCCUCCACCCAAAUGCGCGACCUCGCCAGCUUCCUCGAAAAUGGAUACCAACCCACCAAAAAUCCAGCCCUUCGAUCUCUUCCCCAAACGCGUCACCUAGAAUGCGUCAUCACCCUCAUCAAAAAGCCCUGA